AUGACAAUCAACAACCCCAACAGGGAAGUUCCUUACAAGACCGUGGGCCACGAUGAGCCAUUGGCUCCCCCAUACAAUGCGAGAAAAGCAUAUCUGCAGGAGCCAGUUGCAAUUGUGGGCAUGGCUUGCCGUCUUCCUGGUGAAAGCAACACCCCAAAGGCGUUAUGGAAUUUCUUAAUGAAGGGUGGUGUCGCGAAGAACACACCUCCUGAAUCACGAUUCAACAUAGCGGGACACCACGAUGGCUCUAAAAUGCCAAAGACCAUGCGAUCACCAGGAGGCAUGUUCCUUGAGAACAUCGAUCCACAGGAAUUUGAUGCUUCAUUUUUCGGUAUAUCGCAUGUGGAUGCAACUGCCAUGGACCCUCAGCAGAGGCAGUUACUGGAGGUUGUGUACGAAUGUCUCGAGAACUCGGGGUUGCCUCUGGAGUCUUUGGAUGGAGCCCCUGUCGGAUGCUUUGUCGGCUCGUAUUCUGUGGACUAUGAGCACAUGCAAUCUCGUGACCCAGAAGAUCGUGCUCCCACCGUUACCGUUGGUGUUGGACGGGCAAUUCUCAGCAACCGUAUUAGUCAUUUUCUUAACAUCAAGGGUCCCAGUAUGACUGUGGACACAGCCUGCUCGGGCAGCUUGGUGUCUGUGGACCUUGCGUGUCGUUAUCUAACAACUGGUGAGAUUGACGGGGCGAUUGUGGCGGGGGCCAAUAUGUACCUGAGUCCCGAGCACAACAUGGAUAGCGGUGCAAUGAAAGGAGCGUCCUCGCUCUCAGGUAAAUGUCACACGUUUGAUGAGAAGGCAGACGGCUAUAUCAAGGCUGAGGGUGUGAAUGCUGUGAUGUUGAAGCGCCUUUCCGAUGCUAUUCGCGAUGGUAAUCCCAUCCGGGCUGUCAUCCGAGGCAGUGCCACUAAUAGCGAUGGCCAUACCGCGGGGAUUGCGAGUCCGAGUGCCGAGGCGCAGUCAAUGGCCAUUCGAGCCGCCUACGCCAAUGCCGGACUGUCUAGCUUCCACCACACUUCUUACAUAGAGUGUCAUGGAACUGGGACACAGGCCGGCGACCCGACAGAGGUCAGUGGUGUCUCAUCUGUGUUUACUCCUGGGCGCGACAGCGCGAGGCCCCUGUAUAUUGGGUCAAUCAAGAGUAAUAUCGGCCAUUCCGAACCUGCAGCGGGUAUUUCUGGCCUGAUUAAAGCGGUACUCUCUAUUGAGAAUGCUAUGAUUCCUGGCAAUCCGACUUUCAUUAAUCCAAACCCGAAGAUCGAUUUUAUAGGACUUAAUGUCCAAGCAUCACGUAUUGCUCGUCAGUGGCCCGAUAUGCCUUUCCGUCGGGCCAGUGUGAACUCUUUUGGGUAUGGAGGCUCAAAUGCCCACGUCGUUGUGGAAGAGACAGGCUCAUUCACAAACAUCAAGCAUGUCUCGUCUUAUCAAACGAAGGCAGAUAAUAUGUUUGAUGAGGAUGACAAUACACGGGCGACACGGCCCUUCCUCAUUCCGCUCUCUGCAAACGACGACCAAUCUCUCAUGUCUUACUUUGAUAGACUUCGAAUACAUCUCAUGGAUCUCAAUGUUAAGGUUGAGAUGUCUAGUUUGGCACACACCUUAUCGGAUUGCCGAUCAAAGUUGUAUCACCGGGGUUACAUUGUCACUCAGUCGACGAAUCUCGAUGAAGCCGCGUUUGUUCAUGGAAAGAAAACUGCGGAGCCUCCAAGAAUUGGUUUUAUUUUCACCGGCCAAGGUGCUCAAUGGCCCCAAAUGGGCAAAGAUCUGGUUGAAACCUUCCCGUCUGCACGGCUCUUGCUGCGCCAACUCGACUUGGUUCUCCAACGUCUUCCAGAUCCCCCAGCAUGGAGUUUGUUAGAUGAGCUUAUCCAACCUCGGAGCGCUGAGACCCUGAGACAACCAGAGUUCUCGCAGCCACUGGUGACCGCACUGCAGCUUGUCAUAGUUGAGAUUCUCCAAAACUGGGGUGUAUGUCCCCAAAGCGUUGUCGGCCACUCUUCUGGCGAGAUUGCUGCAGCUUGUGUCGCAGGACUUAUUUCUAAGGAAACUGCUAUCAUUGCUGCUUUCUAUCGUGGCUAUGCGGCGACAAGAGCACCAAAGCAGGAUCUUGGAAUGCUCGCUGCCGGUAUCUCGGCUGCUGAGUUCCCAAACUACACUAGUGGUAUUAAAGAUGCUGUCUCGAUUGCAUGCUUCAAUAGUCCGCAGAGUAUCACCGUUUCGGGGACCAUUCCAGCGUUGGAACUGCUCCGACUGAACCUUGUCAGAGACAACAAGUUUGCACGCCUGCUCCAAGUUAAUCUCGCAUACCACUCCAAGUAUAUGAAAGAUAUUGGCGAUGACUAUGAUACCUUGCUAUCGGCCCAGGUUGAAGCCCAAUCUCCUGGGAACAAGGGAAUUCGCAUGUUCUCAUCUGUCACCGGAGGUCUCCUUGAGGGGCCUGUAUUCGUGAACUAUUGGAAGGCAAAUAUGACCUCGCCAGUUUGCUUCGAUCGAGCGGUCCAAGAAAUGCUCUCUGUUGACUCGAGUCCCGAUUUUCUGAUUGAGAUAGGGCCGUCUGGAGCCUUGGCUGGCCCAAUAUCCCAAAUUAUCAAGGCCCUCCCGAACGAAGCUGCAAGCGUCCAAUAUACCGCUGCCCUUUCUCGGGGACGCGAUGCAAUAAAAGCUACAUUCGAUGUUGCAGGAAAACUAUUCAUAGCCGGAGGUACCGUCAAUCUCUCAAACGUCAAUCAGCUAGGUGGCGAAGGUGAAGUUGCCCCAGCUGUGAUUGUUGAUCUGCCCAAUUACGCCUGGAAUUACUCAACCAAGUACUGGUAUGAGAAUGAAGCCAGCAAGGAUUGGCGCUACCGCUUGUUCCCACACCAUGUGCUCCUUGGUAGCAAGAUCCUGGGUUCAUCCUGGAAUGAGCCUGCAUUCAAGAAGACUUUGGAAGUAGAAAACCUGCCGUGGCUUCGGGACCACAGAAUGGGGCCUGACAUUGUCUUCCCUGCCGCUGGGUUUGUUUCAAUGGCUAUAGAGGCUAUUCGCCAGAAGACAGAGGCAUUGAAUAUUUUGGAUGGAAAGCCAGGUCCCAAAGUACCAAGUUAUCGACUCCGAAACUUGACAUUCAAUAGGGCUCUCGUGUUGGAAGAACGUAAGCCGUGCAAAGUCAUGCUUACCCUUACCCCAAAAUCUGGAAGCGGCACGGCCUGGCAUGAUUACAAGGUUUCUUGCCUGGUGGAGGGCGUAUGGCGCGAGAAUAGCGCUGGUCUGAUUCAGGUUACCAACCAAGUUGAGCGUGUUGCUUCGGCUCAUGAUAUUCGGAAUCUGGAAUAUCCAGCGGAUGGACGGUUAUGGUACAAGGCCAUGAACGACAUCGGAUAUAAUUUUGGUCCUGCAUUCCAGAAACAGCUUCAGGUCGAAUGCACCUCAGGCGAGCGAAAUAGUCGAUCCGUUGUUUCCCUGGAAGAGCCCGAUACUAGCAUCCUUCCGUCAGCCUUUGCUCUGCAUCCAGCCUGCAUUGAUGGCUGUUUCCAGACAUGUGCACCCUCGUUGUGGAAUGGUAACCGCAGCGAUGUCAAUGCCGUUUUGAUCCCGGCCAUUAUUGACGAUAUCAUUGUCAACCAACGGCCUGAAAUCUCCAAGACCGGCAUAGCAGUCUCAAGCUCGGCGUACGUGGGUCUAGGUCGCCCCGAUGAGACCAAAAGCUACUUGUCGAAUUCGUCGGUCUAUGCUAAAGAAACUGGACAACUUCUUUUCCAGGUCUCAGGACUCCGCUAUCACAAGUUGGAUGUUCGUGAGGAGAUUUACUCAAGACAUGCUUACAGCAAAGUGGUAUGGAACCGGGAUAUCACCUCUCUCUCUGACUUCACAGAUAUAUCAACGCUCUUAGGAAUUGACAAUGGCGAUGAAUCUCUCACUGAUGUUCAUCAUAUCGUGGAUAUGGCUUCUCACAAAAAGCCGCAUCUGAGCGUUGCAGAAAUAAAUGUCAGGUCCAACGAUCCAACUAGCAUCUGGCUGGAUGGAAGUCUGUCAGACAGUUCUUGUCGUCGAUCCGCUCAGAACAUUCAGGUCAUGUUUGCAGAUCCAGGAGCACUUUUGGACGCCCAGGAGACAUAUUCCUCUCACGAAAAUGCUCAUUUUGUUCUUACGGAUCUUGCUAGCGAGGGAUAUAUCCCCAACGGACAGACCACGUUUGACCUCGUCGUCCUCAAGGUGAGUGGAACCGACGAGCACUACAGGCAAAUUAUCGACAACACCCGCAAGCUUCUUGCAGAUGGCGGGCACUUGUUGGUUGUGGAUUACGACGGGAAUGAUGAGCACACUACGACCAGAAAGGGGCAAACGGCCACGUCUGUAGAUACCAAUGGCAAUGACAUUCCCCAUGGGAACGGCGGAACCAGUGAUAGCAACUCCGACGGAUUUGAGAUCCUUGAUUCAACUGAAAGGCCCCGCACCCAACGACAUUCAUUGAUGGAUCGAAAAGAUCUCACGUGUCUUGGUGCGAGGUUUUAUCCUUCUAUUGAUGGCAACAUCGGAUCAAUCGUUCUGGGUCGGGCAGAAGCCAUUCGCGAGCCAGUUUCGGGGUCUGUUAGCCUGCUCCAAUUUUCCAAGCCAGUUAUCGCGAGUUUGAAGCUUCAAGCAAGCCUUGUCGCUGCUGGAUGGAACGUUAGCCAGCAUGAAGCACCUUUUGACGAUAUCGAUCUGGAGUCGAUCGGCAUCGUGGUGGAGUUUGGUGAUUCCAUUCUGCCAACAAUCACUGAACCCAACUGGGAAGCCCUUAAGGCAAUUAUUAGCUCUGGAAUGAAGCUUUUGUGGGUAACUGAAGGGUCUCAGAUGGAGGUUACUAAUCCCAGCAAGGCCAUGAUUCAUGGGUUGGGAAGAACUGUGCGAGCUGAGGAUCCAUCUGUCAGCCUUACCACGCUCGACGUGGAAGGUGUCUCCAAUACAGCGACAUUCAAUGCUCUUGUUACUGUCCUCAAAAGGAUUCAAAGUCCCCGAACAAAAGAUCACAUUGAAAGUGAAUACGUCGAGAGGGGCGGUUAUCUUCAUGUCCCUCGAAUCCUGCCAGACAAUGUCAUAAACAAAGCCGAGGCAGAAGUUGUUGAUGGGCGACCCCCCGUACUCCAGUCCCUUCAUUCUGCAGAGACAACGAUCAGGCUUCAGUGCGAGCGAGUGGGCACAAUUGAUACCAUUCAGUACAAUGAGGUGGCCCCGACAGAGCUUCCUCUUGGGGAAAACUUGGUUGAGGUGGAGUUGUUCGCAGCGGGAUUGAACUUCAAAGAUGUGGCUAUCACCAUGGGGAUCGUACCUGAGAACGAACAUCUACUCGGCCUAGAAGGCGCCGGCCUCAUCCGACGAGUCCAUCCAUCAGUCACCAAAUUCAAGCCCGGAGAACGUGUGUUGGUCUUCAAAAAGGGUGCCUUUGCCAAUCGCGUCAUAGCAACGGUCGAGAGAACGUACCAUAUUCCAGACUGGAUGUCAUACGAGGAGGCUUCUACCCUGGCGAGCGUCUACCUCACCGCGAUGUACAGUAUCAAGGAUCUCGCCAAUACCCAAAAAGGCCAUCGAGUCUUGAUCCAUUCCGCCACAGGGGGUCUGGGCCAAGCUUCAAUUCAAAUUUGCCACAAUAUUGGUGCAGAGGUUUAUGCCACUGUAGGAAAUGACGAGAAGAGAAAGUUUCUAGUGGACCGAUAUGGGAUCCCAGAGGACCGAAUCUUCAGUUCGCGCUCUACUGACUUUGCCAGUGAGUUGAUGCAUGCUACGCAUGGUGCGGGUGUUGAUGUAAUUCUCAACUCCUUGACGGGUGAGCUAAUGGAGGAAUCGUGGCGGUGCAUUGCCGCCGGGGGUACUAUGGUCGAACUCGGUAAAAAGGACAUGCUGGACAGAAACUACCUAUCUAUGGAACCUUUUGGUCGCAACGCAUCUUAUCGCUGCUUUGAUAUGUCCCACGCUCAUGUUUCUGAUACUCUUAUUGCGAGACUCCUCGACCAGACCAUGGACCUCAUCAAAAAGCGGCAGCUUACACCCAUUGGUCCUAUCACAACAUUCUCAUUUGCAGAUAUUCCUUCCGCAUUCAGAUAUAUGCGUGGGGGCAAACAUAUCGGAAAGAUUGUCAUUUCUGAUGGACCGAACACAGAUGUUCAGGUUGCGGCCCGUCCUGCGCAAAAGUUAUUGGUCCUUCAAGAAGAUGUGUCGUACUUGAUUGUUGGUGGUCUUAAGGGCCUCUGCGGCACCAUAGCCACACAGCUAGCCCGACAUGGUGCUAAACACUUGGUUAUUCUUUCUCGCAGUGGAUGCGAUGACGAAAGGUCCCAGGCGGUGUUGAAAAAUCUCAAGGCUAUUGGGUGUUCUUUCACUCUCGUUACCGGCGAUGUGGCGAAGAAGGCCGAUGUGACACGAUGCUUUAAGGAGGCGCCCCUUCCUAUCGGAGGAAUCAUCCAAGGAGCCAUGGUUUUAAGGGACCGUGUCUUCACCUCGAUGACCAUCAGCGAGUAUUACCAAGCAAUUGAGGCCAAGUUGCAAGGUUCAUGGAAUCUACACGAUGUUUCCAUUGAGACAGGAUCCAUGAUUAACUUCUUCACCAUGCUUUCCAGUAUUUCAGGUGUUGUUGGUCAGAAGGGACAGGCCAACUAUGCCGCUGCCAAUGUGUUCCUGGACAACUUCGCCCGGUACCGCCGCAAGCAGGGUCUGAAAGCUUGCUCUGUUGACCUGGGCGCCAUUGACGACAUCGGAUACAUGUCGGAGCACAAAGAUCUACUGGUGGCCCUCGACACCGCAGCCUGGACGCCCAUCAAUGAGUCUCUUUUCAACAAAAUUCUUCGCGUGGCUCUUCUGCAAGACAUUGCGCCUUUGAAUGCACACAGUAAUGGUCAAUUGAUCACCAGCAUUGCCGUCCCCCAGGAGGAAAACUCGCGCCUCCUAGCUGAUGCACGAUUUGCAGGUCUCUGUUUCAGAGACCAGACUAGUGGCUCUGGAGGCUCUGCUGCAGCUGACGAGACCAAAGAGCUGCAGGCGCUCCUUUUGCUGCUCAAGAAUGGCGCUCCACAGGCGGCUCUUAUGGGGGCCGCCAUUGAGGCCGUCAAUAAACAAUUCAUGGUCACACUGCGACUUAGUGCACCUAUGGAGCCUGGCAAGCCGCUGAGCAGUUAUGGGAUGGACUCUUUGGCUGCAGUUGAAUUCCGAAAUUGGGCGCGAUUGGAGCUACAGGUUGAACUGACAACACUGGAGAUUGCCAACGCUAAUUCACUUCAUGCGUUAUGUGACAAGAUUGUGUCCAAUAUGAAUAAGUCUUGA